AGCUUUUAUAUUGGAGGUAGAUAUUAUGAAAACCCAAACGAAUAUUUCGCAUUUUUUACGAAUCAAAAUCAAAUUAUCUUCACUUCACUGUUAUUUGGUCUAUUGGUUAAACUUCAGUCAAGAGAUAUUAAUAAAUAUUGAAGCCGGUAGACCGAAAACAAAUAUAUUAGUUCCAAUUCAUUAUUUCAAAGUGUUUUGCUGAUAAAAUCAUCAUUAAAAUAGGAAGUACAAUUGAAUUCUAUUGUUGACCGAAUGGUAAUUACAUUAAUUUUUCACAGAAGCAAUGAGUCAGUGGUUUUAUCGGUUAUAAAGGGGAUAUGAAACUUGGAGUUAAAACUCAGUUUAUGUAAAAACACUCUUCUAUAAACAUAUUUUUUUUAAAACGCAAUUUUAGAAAAUGCCCGAUAAAAAACAAUUUUUUAUCCUAUCUUGGUUCCUUUGCCUGGUUAGCGCUCAAGAUCUUGUUAAAAAUCUUACGUACGGUGGAUUUUUUUACAAGUGCGCAAAUGAAUCAGUCGAUGUCUUCUUCGACCAGAAAAUAAACACCGAGGUUAAUAUGUACACUUCUGUUGCGGAAAAUGAGCGUUAUGAAGAUAAAAACACAGAGUGCUCUAAAUAUUUUCCAAUGCGAAAACCACCCGGACAAUUGAGAGCAGAGUUUAAAUUUGACCCAUGCUCAAAAGGAAAUCACGAUUUUGCGCUGUUUGUUAAUGAAAUUGCGACUGGAUUUAUUUUACAUCGAUUUAAUAUCAGCUGUUAGAAAAAUUAAUUACAGUCAAAUUUUUAUUUUACUUAUUUAAUUAUUUAAUUUU